AUGCCUGGCCAAAGUCUGGUGUCGUGUGCUGUCUCGCAGAUUAUUUGGGUGACCAGAGUGCCGAUCGGAAGAGGCAGAACUGGACAAGGCUGGGUGAUCGAGAAGCAAAAGAGCAAAAAGCGACUGUCAGAAGCCUUUUCAGAGUACGACACACGACACCCAGAACUAUCUUAUCAAAUGUUCAGGGAAAUUGCAGUUCAGUGCGUAUCUUACAGACAAGAGACCAGGAUGCUCAGCCCUGUGGCUGUGGCAGCCAUCCGAUGA